GAAAGCUUGUUUACCAUCAAACAAAAUUCGAAGAAAAAUUGGAACCAAUUGCUAAUUCAAAUUUUAGUAUUUAUGGAUUUAAUUGCAUUUUGGAAAGUCUUGCGCUAAAAGAAAAACAUCUGCAUUAUUGGUGCAUAACAUUCAACUAAAAACUUUCAUUAUAAAGAAUUUUGCAUCUCCACUUUACAACAACUUUCAACUUCUUUCUCUGAAACGUUUUUAAGCUUUGUAUUAAUCUCACUUGCAUCUUUAGAUUUUUAAAAGUCCAUAAAGAAUUGUUUAAGCGUUGUCUUUGCUGUUUUAAAAAUGUCAGAAUCUGAUACUUGGGCGAAAUUACAAGACCAUAAAAGGAAGCACAUUAACUUAAAAGAACGACUAGCAAAGCGUAGAAAAGAACGACAGGGUUUACUUGAUCCAUCAUCAGCGCCAGAAGUUAAAUCGACAGACAAUGUUGAAGAAAAGAAGAAAGUUGUAGAAGUAAAGACAGAAUUAAUUCAGAAGAAAAGUAUUGCUCAAGAUGAGGUUGAGAAGUUACUACCAUUCAUAUUGAGUGAUAAACAUCUAAGACUACCAAUUUCCGUGGAAGAUUUGAUAGCACAUAUACAAGAGCAUGAAAAUAAAUCUGCUGAGAGUACUACUAUCAUUGCUGUAUUGGAUAAACUGGAAGCUCAAAACCUUUUAAGUUUGAAACGAAGUGACAAUUUAGUGACUGUUAUGGAUUGCGAAUUUUCAAAGCUGAAAGCUGUGCAUGAAAACAAAGUAAAAACCUCAACCUCUACAAAGUCGGGAGAAACAAGCAAUCUUUUAAGUGCAGACAAAUCAAAAGAUAAAAAAGUUGAUCCAGUCACAGAAGACACAGAUGAGCUGGCUGCGCUGCUAUCAAUGCCUACAUCAAAAGAAACAGAGAAUAAGAAGCUUGGUAGUGAAAUUUUAAACCUGCUGAAUCAACCAACAGCAAAGGAACAGUCGCUAGUAGAAAAGUUUAAAUCGGAGGGAGGUGCUAUGGUUCGUGAAUUUUGUCCAUUCGGUACCAGGGAAGAAUGUCACCGAAGUAACACAAAUAAAGGAAAAUGUAAAAAGCUUCAUUUUCGCAAAAUUAUUCAAGCUCAUACUGACGAACACCUUGGAGAUUGUUCAUUUCUUAACACGUGUUUUCAUAUGGACACAUGCAAGUAUGUUCAUUAUGAGGUAGACACUCGUGGUUUGGAAAACAGAAAUGAAAAUAAAACAGAAAACACGAAAUCAAAUAAAAAUACAGACUUGAUCAGUUCAAAAAAGAUUAUUAUGACUCCUCCACAGUGGCUUAAAUGUGAUGUGCGUUACUUGGAUUUCGAAGUUCUCGGCAAAUUUAGUGUUGUCAUGGCGGACCCACCCUGGGAUAUACACAUGGAGCUUCCUUAUGGUACCAUGUCUGAUCACGAGAUGAAAGGGUUGCCUAUUAGUAAACUUCAAGAUCAUGGUUAUAUCUUCUUGUGGGUCACUGGAAGAGCUAUUGAACUUGGUCGAGAAUGUUUGCAAAUAUGGGGGUACAAACGAUGUGAUGAAUUGAUUUGGGUGAAGACUAACCAGUUACAACGAUUGAUUCGAACAGGAAGAACUGGUCAUUGGAUUAAUCAUGGCAAAGAACACUGUAUUAUUGGUGUGAAAGGUAAUCCUGAUCCCUCCUUAUUCAACAAAGGCUUAGAUUGUGAUGUUUUAGUAUCGGAGGUACGAGAUACUAGUCAUAAGCCGGAUGAAGUUUAUGGUUUAAUAGAAAGAUUGGCUCCAGGACAACGAAAAGUUGAGUUGUUCGGCAGAAUGCAUAACGUACAACCAAACUGGGUAACGCUUGGCAACCAGCUGUCUGGGGUGAAUUUAAUAGAACCAGACGUGGUCAAACGUUUUAAAGAAAGAUACCCCAAUGGAAUAGAAAUGGGCAAACCUCAAAACAAACCUAUUCCUACGGUAAUUGAUGUCACCCCUCAACAAGGCGGCGAAGGGACGAUUUAAACGCUAACCAGUCACUUGUCAUAUGACAUGAACUUUUGUGGAUAGAUACAUACGCUCUUUUUAUUAUAUACAUUUUAUAUAUAAUUAGGAUUUCCUCAAUGACACCAUCCUUGAAAUGCUCGAACAUCUAAUUCUAGCCCUUUUAUAUUUAUUCAAUCACUAUUCAACGCCCUAUUCAUCCAAUCCCCAUUCAAUGUUAGUUUGCUCUUUAUUUAAACUGCCCAUCGCACAAAACCAGAAGCCAUAGCCCGUAGUAAUGCAGAACUUUCCUCCGUGUAGCUGUAUAAAAGAAAGUUUAAUAAUACAUCUUUUAAUUUUUAUAGUUUUUUAAUUUCUUUUAAAAACCGCCGUCUUGAUAUCAAUUUUAAAGAGCUCUGAAACUACAGUUAGUAUUUUUACUUUGUAAAACUAAGCGUAUCAUGUCUCAUAAAAAUGGCGGUGACUUAGAAAUUAAAAGUGUACGCCUUACGUUAGCGAAUAUCAUUUUUUACACUGUUAUCUGUUACAAUCAAUGCCCUGCAAAAAACAACUGUUCGUGCACUCCUCAGCAGAGGUGUUUAUAUAGAGGCAGCCUGACCCAGUUAACCUGGCUCACACGCAUGGCCAAGAUAUUUUUAUUGUUGAGAAAAAUCUUUAAAACUAAAAUGUGUUUAUAUAAAAAAGCGAGGGAG